CAGAAUGCUUGAUCAAACUACACCAUGUGGUGAUCCAGUCUCUGCUGGUGAAUUAAAGAAUGAUAUGAGCACUGGUGAUGAACAAGUGCAAUGUAGUGAUGUGAUACCAGACAGCACUGAGAAGGAAGAAAAUGAUGGAAAUUUUAAUGGUAGGCUCACCAGUAAUAGUGAUGAAAACAGUGCAAGUAAAAGCGUGAAUACAAAUGGAAAUGAACAGAGCCGUUCUAUUGAUGACAUUACUAAUUCGCCAGCAAAAGAGAGCACACAUAUUUCAGAGGUUCAAACAGAGGUUAACACAAGUACUGAUGAUCCUGUCAAAGAUAGUUACACUAGUAAAGUAACUAGUUGUCCAGAAUGCAAGAAACUGAGACAAAGGAAAGAAAAGGUAUUCCUGAGAAAGAACAAGUCAUGUGCCAAGUUUGCAUGGAACCGACAUUUACUGUGUGGCUUUGAGGGUGCAGUCCACCCUGACUGGAUUCUCCACAUUGUUAAUGGCUUUGUCGGGCAAUCUGAUAUUUGUGUUUAUGGACGACCUAUAUAUGUGACACUGAUAGCGCGAAGGUCAAAGGAGUUUGCUGGAACCAGAUUUUUGAAGAGAGGAGCUAAUGAUGAGGGAAAUGUAGCUAAUGAAGUUGAGACAGAACAGAUUGUCCAUGAUGCCUCAGUACUGUCAUUCAAGAGUGGCAGAUUUACAUCUUAUGUCCAGCUGAGAGGAUCGGUUCCUUCCUUCUGGUCACAGGAGGUGAAGCAAGUUAUGGUGCCAAAACCACAAAUAAUUGUUGACCGUGCAGAUCCAUUCUGCUCAGCUGCCGGUCAGCAUUUCAAUCAACUCUUGAAAAGGUUUGGAGCUCCUGUGGUCAUUCUUAAUCUUGUCAAGAAGAAGGAAAAGAAGCGACAUGAGCAGAUUCUUAGUGAAGAACUGGAGAGGGCCGUGAUUUACCUGAACCAGUUUUUACCAGCACAGCAUGCCAUACAGUACAAAGCAUGGGACAUGGCUAGAUACAACAAGAGUAAAGACUGUAAUGUGAUGGAGAAGCUAACUGUCAUUGCUGAUGAGGUUUUCAAAUCCACUGGGUUUUUCCACAGUGGACAAGAAUUGUACUGCAACCAGAUCAGAAAAGAUUCAAGGUUGACAGGCAUGUAUGGCACUGGCUAUUCAGAUGAUUGUCUCGGCAGAGAACAGAAUGGCGUGCUUAGGACAAACUGCGUGGAUUGUCUGGACAGAACCAACACUGCUCAGUUCAUGGUCGGCAAAUGCGCUCUUGGUUUUCAGUUGCAUGCAUUAGGAGUGAUUGACAAACCAUUUGUGCAGUUUGACUCGGAUGCCGUAAGGAUUUUAGAAGAUCUCUAUGAGGCUCACGGCGACACACUUGCGCUACAGUAUGGUGGAUCACAGCUUGUUCAUGGCAUUCGCACCUAUCGCAAAGUGUCACCAUUUACAUCUCACUCAAGGGACAUCAUGCAGACUGUAUCUCGUUACUACAGCAACGCUUUCACCGAUGCCGACAAACAGCAAGCCAUGAAUCUGUUUCUUGGAAUAUUUUCACCGCUGCAGGAGAAACACAACAUCUGGGAAUUACCAAGUGAUUAUUACUUACAUCACAACACAACUUGGGACUUAAGAGCUUCUAAAAACAGAAAAAGUUACACUAAGUGGUGGGAUCAGUCAGUGGUCAACUCCUUACCUCACCCUACUCCUGACGGUUGGUAUAAUUUCAAAACGGAGUAUGAUCUUUUUACUGCAGUAAUGAAAUUUAGUCUAACGCCGAUGAACCAAUCAUGAUGCUGUCAAACAGAGCCGUUGACCAUUCACGUUUGCUCGAUUUCCGCCCCUCUCUCGAAUUGCACGGUCUCAUAUCCCAACAGCAGCUGGUAAUCGAACCUACCAAUCACGACUUGGUGCAAAAACAUGCCAGUGAUGGUGAGAGUGAGAAAAUAGAUUAGUUUUGGAAUCGCACGUCAAUCCAAGUGUAGGCUAGUAACGUCUGCUCCCAGGCCAAGAGGUCAAAUGCAAAGUCUUUAGCACGUACCGACUGUUAGUUUUCACACUCUAUGGGUUCCUAGUCCAUUGCAAGAUGCACUUAGCGUUUCGUCCAGUUUCGCCAUCAAGUUUUCGCAAUACUUAAUAACCCGAGUAUAGACAGGCACUACAAAGGUAAAUUGCCUUCACUCUUGUCCAAGAAUUCCACAGACAGGACCGUACUGACCUAUCGGAAUCGUGUUGAGUUGGAAAUUAAAAAAAUGACUUAUAUUUUCCAGUUUAGACUUCGCGGAAAAUUUGAUAAAUCAUUUUCUGGAAAUCUUAACUGAUAAAGUUUUUGAAGUCAGAUCUAUAAGCAUUAAUUUCAUGUAGAGGUUAGGGUAUCUGUGAUGUAUUCCUUCCUGAGGCGCUACAACCGUUGUCCAGGAGAUACGCCUGAAGGUACACGGUAACCGAAGAAAUCCAUUAUUGUGUUUUCUAGAAUCGCCUUCGGAUGAGNAA